AUGGGUCAGGAUUUAUCUCAAGCCAGUAUAUCCCUGACACAGAAUGCUGACGCAUAUGGAGGCGAAGGACAGAAUGUUAUCGAAGUUGGAUUUGAUGAACUUCCGCUUAAGACAUCAUUCCAAUCAGAUUUAUUCGAUAAAUCGAACGAAGAAGUACAAAAAGAUCUCAAUCUGCCUUCUGCCGAAAUGGUAUACGAUAUUAUUACUGAUUAUCUUACAUAUUCAUCAACAUCAACUUUAUCUGAAGCCUUUUCUAAGGUUCUUAUUCCUUUAUUUUGCGGCACAUUAGAUUCUAAGCCAAAACAAAUACAAAUCCUUUCGAAUUUAUUUCGAUUUUUACGAGAAAGAGCAUUUCCAUAUUUUAUGAACGAAGGACGUAGAUUAAAUGCGAUUAACGAGCAAAUAAACGGCAUACAAAACGAUAUUGUCAACACUCAUCGACGUAUCCCUGAAGAAUUCUUUAAUGUCGGAACAUAUCUUAAAAGCGAAGAAGCAUAUCAAGAUUUUCUUACUAAAUUCAAAGAGAUUGUCCAAUACAAAGAAAUUCGUCCUCAUCCAUCUUACGCUGCUUUAACUACAAGAUUUAGUGAUUUUAAAUCUGACGAUGAGAACGCGAUCUACAGACUUUUGUCAUGGGGAUUUGGUGCAGGCGAAAUAACAGCCAUCAUCAAGUCACUCCAAUAUAUUACAAACCUUUGUUUCGAAAAUAAAAUUGAAAAAACAAAUGAUUUUUCAUUCGACCAAUUAAAAUCCGUAAUAAAUUCCAUAUCCCUUGCAAACACAUGUUUCGCACCCCCUACAAACCAAAUCAUUUCUUCCACUACAAUUUCGAGUUCCACUCAAAUUGGCAAAGUCCAGACAUCGUUCAUCGCAUCCGAUGGCACACAUCUCUACAUCAUAGGCAAAGGAAAGAAACUUACCAUAGUAGAUCUCUCCAAAAACAUCACAAAACAUGAAAAUCGAUUCCAGCAGUAUACACUCGACGAAUUAAACGAAUCAUCGAAUGAAGACAUGUCAAUUACAUACUCCAAUGGCUAUCUACUGAUUUAUUCCCAGAAAAUUCCAAUUUAUUCAAUUUACAGAACGAAACCAUUCGAAAGAGUCAAUUCCCAGAUCAAAUUCUCUAUACACGGCGAAUUUACAAUCAUUCCUCAGUGCAAUCCGCCUUACGCUACCGACUCAAAGUACUUUUAUUCGUUGAAUGCUCCAUGUGGUGUAGCAGUUCUAUCGAUAAAGCCACCAAAUCUUGUUCUCCACAGGUUUAUUGACUUCGUUAGAUCGGAUGCCCCGCUUCUUGAACCAUUUGAUGAAGAACUUUUCCCAUCAAAAUUUUUAUCAAACUUAACUGCUGCUACAAAUGGCAUAACAAUCUCAUUUUUCCAUUUAGUCAACUCCUCUGAUAACCAAUACACCUAUUUCGCAAGGCAUUUCUCGUUAGUUGACGGAAGACAUAUUUGUGAUUCGCAGUUUGUCCUCGAACAUGUCAUUUCUACACUCACUUACGACCCGUGGAACAGAUGCUACUGGGGAUGCAACAAUCAGAGGAUCAUUCAUAUCCCAUCUUUCAAUUCUCAGCCUCCGUGGCUCACAGGAUCGGACAUAAACAACGUGGCUGAGUUCAGUCCAUCCGCACCAUGCUCAACUCAUGCGGAAGUUCUCAAUUCUUUGAUAAAUUUCCUCGAAUUUUACACAGUUCACUUCGCUGGAUUGAGUUUCCACGCUGCGCAAUCGAACCAUAACUAUUCUCCAACGACGGCAAGAUUCUUCGCACCUUGCACAAACGAUGCCGUCAAAUACAUAAUAAAUGCAAUAAAUUAUUUCACAGAAAUCUACGCAUCCAAGCGGGAAUGCGAAGGAUUUAAGCUGGAGAGAUGCAAGCAUACAAUAUUGUCCCUAAUCAGGCUCUUCGAUUACAACUUAUCCAAUAUGGACACACAAAUAUCGGUCAUAGGUGACCAAGCGCCCCCGAAGUUUAUUUACGCCGUGGACUCAAUCAACAUUCUCGUGGGAAUUCUUGAAAACGAGGACUUCACUUUUGCCCAUAAAUCUGUUAUCUUCACAAUUGUUAACUCCAUUGAGUUGCUCUUCACAGACAAUAAGCAGAGCUUGCCAACGGUCUUCAUAAAAAUCAUCAAGAAGAUGUCUACGGAAUUUAUCCUAUAUACUCUCCAAAAGAUCCACAAUAUGAGUAUAUAUCCGUACUGUUUCAACUCGACCACGAUCAAGGACACAUUCCUAAGCCUUAUAAAGAAUUAUCCAAAAUUGACGAUUACAGAAACCGAGCUUUUAGAGACUUACAUGCGUAGUUUAUUCAUCAACUCAAGGGACUAUCUCUUAAGCCAGCAGCAAGUCGAUAAAGGAAACAAAGAUAUUUUGAUGGAUAAUUUCUUUACGUUUUCCACCAUGAUAUUCGAUGAAUUCUCAGCACGUAUCGAUAAAAUGCCGAAUACAUACAACGAAACCACUCGUUCUGAGAUUCCUAACAUGAAUAUCUUUGAAAAAUUUAUUAUGUUGCUUCAUCACUUCCAACAGUUCCCAACUGUUGUUGAUUUCGCAACGACCAAGAUCCAUGAGUUAUUUGUUAAGCUCACACAUAUGAUUUCCACGAUCAAAUUUGAUUGUCCAAUUUAUCCACAACAUAACUUAUUAUUUUACUCUGUUUACUCCUGUUACAUUGACUACAUUGAUUCAUUAAUGAACAAUGCCGCGUUAAUGAAGAGUUCCACCACUUACUCAUGGCUCUACCAACCAACGAAAGAAUCAAAACUUACUCCAAACGAUAUUAACGAUAUCGUAAGCCAAGCGACCACCGAACAGAAAUCACACAGAAGAUUAGUUCGCAAAGGUCUUUCCUUCAACUUCCAUUCAACCAGUUACUCAAACAACGCUGAAAUACAAGAAGGAUUCUUAACUUCUCUUGUUGCCAAAGAUGAAUCACAAGCAAUUAAGACAUUGAUUGAUUAUUUGUAUUUGAAGAUACCUGAUCAUGUGAAGAAAGUCGAGAACAAUGAUUUGAGACAUUUAGAAAGAGUUAUUUUGGCUGCUUACACCAAACAAUUGGGAUUAACAAGUGAUUUAUGUGAUCUAAACAUUUAUUUGAGUUCAAAUCAACCUGUAGAGAUUUCCAAAUACAUAAAGAACAUUGUACAGCUUGUUUACAAGACAAGGAGAUACUUGAGAAGAGCCAAACAAGCAAGUUCCAAUACUAAUGAAUCAAAUAACAGUUAUGAACAAUUUAUACAGUUAAUUAUGAAGAAAUGUAUAUUUUUAGUUCAUUUGCAACCAUGUUUGAGAUUGAUGUCUGACAUUGAAUCGAGUUUCUCUUUGAUGGCGAAGAAGAUUUCCAGUUUCAUGACAUCGGAAAUAACUGUUGAACAGUAUUUCGAUCAGAUAGAAAAGGCACAUGCAGCAAGAAGAUCAAUUUCACAAGCUGUUGGUUAUAUCCAAGAAAUUUUGUCAAAUAGAUUUACUCCUCUUUCUAUGGCAAUCACUUCACUUAUGCUUGAGAAAUACUCAACAAAUGAUGCAAUACAAACAUUAGUGUUAGGUGUUGCUAAUCCAAUGUCUAAAGAUAUCCCAAGUGAAGUGACAGAAACGAUAAAAUUAAUAAAUUUGGUAAAUGAAAUGACGAUCAACAUAAAAGAAGAUUUCGCUCAACAAAGUUUCAUUGCGUUCUAUACAAAUGUCACUUUUUCUGUUGGUCAAGAAUAUCCAUCAUUAAUUAUUGAGCCAACAUUGAAGUUAAUCCAAUAUUUAACAGGAAAAGAAUCCAAAUUUAACAAAGAAAAUUCUACUUCACUUGUGUCACUUUUGGUGUCACUUUUCUGUGUAUUAGCAAAGAAUUCAGAGAGUUUUGCAACUAAUGAAUUCAAGAACUUAUAUCAGAAAUUGUCACAAGCCAGUUCAUUAGAUCCAGAUGAUCCAGAAACAAUUGCUUUGUUCUAUAGAAGUGGAAUGGAUGCUAAAAUUCAUCCAAGCACUAUAAUUAAUAGAUUAAUGACAUGCGAACCACAAGAAUACACAAGGUAUAUUAGUGCUUUGGGUGAAUUAUGCCAAGGAUCAUCAUCAAAGGAUUCCAUUUUCUAUUGGAUACUCCAUGAAAUCUCAAGAAUUUGUUCUGGAGGACAUUCUUCUUUCUUAAAAGAUUAUCCUUCAAUUUCUGAAAAGUCUUUGGAGAAAGAAAACCUUUGCAAGACACCGGACAUCAUCUUGAGUGGUUGUUUGAAACUGAUACAGCUUGUUAGAAGGUUCUUAAAUGAAUCUUCUACAACAGGAAGAUACGUAAUGGAUGUUUUCAGAUUUAUUUUGGAAAAUUUCAUUUCUCCAAAAGAAAAAGUGUCAUCAUCAUUGAUAAUUUUCUCCGACCAAUUACUUCUUUAUGCAGUAUUUGGAGUAUUAAGUAAUGUUAUUGAUGUUAUUUCAUUCAGUUCGCUUAUAAAAGACAGCGAAUCCUCAAUUUUGUAUUAUGUUUCAUCGAUUAACCAACAAAACAAAACUUUUGAAUGUUGGCAAUUACCUAUUAACGCCGAAUCCACUUUAUUAAGUGUUCCUUUCUCUGAUUCUAUAUUAAGUAUUCCUUCAACACCUUUUACUCCUUCCAUUUUCCCAUUUUAUGACCAAUUAAUUCAUGUUUUCAUCAAAUUUUUGACGAUGAAUAAUCCAAGUCAUUUCACGGAAGGAUUACUUUAUUACGGAUUGAGUUCCAUGCAUGAAUACUGCAGAGAUUUAACUUUCUUUAAUAUGUUAGUUAAUGAAAAGAUUUAUGAUGUUCUUCCUGAGUUUUCUUUCGAAAAUUAUAAUUCAGAUUUCAUGAAUAUCGUUAGAAAACAUUUGGCAUCGAAUGACGGAGGAUUUACUACUCCUAGAUCGUCAACAUCAGAGUUAUUCUAUGCUUCUCCAUCUGUUAUUAAAGAUACAGAUGGUUUGGUGUUCACGGACAAACAGAUUUCUUGCAAAGAUGGUUUACAUGUUUUUAUUUCAAAAGUUUUUAGUCAAACAGAAGAUAUAAGUUUAUCAAUCGAAGCUGCUGAUAUUGUACAAUCAUACGAUGCAGGAUUCUAUCAUUUGGCUAUUAACGAAUCUAAUAUUAAGUGUUUGAUGUAUUCCAGGAGAUUAAACAAAUCAACAAUCUCAGGAAAAGUCAAAACAGCAUUAGGACCAAAAGAAAGUCCUAAAUGCAAUUUGUUGUUGAAAUACGAUCAUUUGACUAAGGAAUGCUCGAUUUAUAAUAACGAGACAGGAUUAUUACUCCAGAAACAUGUAUUUACAAGCACAAUGGUUUGUUUUGUUGUUGUUUUGUAUCCAGGAGCUGAUUUGAAAUACGAAUUCGGUGUUGAGAAAAAGAUUUUGAAUACAAUGGAUGGAAAAAUCGUUUUCAAGAGAAAUAGAAAGAAUAUUAAUAAUGUUAAUUGUUUGACAAACGCUGUACAAACAAUAACAAAUAUAAAGGACUUGAAUAUCUCUUGCCAUCCGUUCUCUCAACCUGAAGACAUAGAAUGCGAAAGAUUCAGUGGAAAGAAUUCCAAUGAAAAAUUCAUGAUUUUCCCAGCUGAUUCCGUAUCGUCAACUCAAUUGGUCACUUCACUUGAAAAAAGUGACAAAAAGAACAUUGAACAAAAGAAGUUGAUUAAAUUCCCAUUGAACCAGAUUUUGUCGACUGAAUUGUUGCAUUUCACGACACCUCCAAACUCAUAUUAUGUUUUGAAAAACAAUUGUAAUGAUGAUCCGAUUUCGACUGUUUUCAAUCCUUCUAAAACUUUUUCUGUUGAUCAACACACAGGAAAACUCAGUAUGAAGAACAGAAUUAAAGAGUUUGUGCCAAGAGAUACAUUGCCACACAUACAUCCUCAUAACUUUGGUAUCCUUCCAAGUGUUAUUUUGAAUCAUUUCGCUACAGGAUAUUCCCAGAAAUUGCGAAAGACAUUAUUGUCAACAGUUUUGUUGCAGUGUUAUUCGCCAUCAUCAAUUGGUAUCGACAGAGCAUUGGUCAAAUUCAAUUUCACUGAUCAAAACGCUUUGUUGAAAUCAAUGUUAAGUUUGUUAACUGUCAUUGAACCAUACGAUGCAUUUUCAUCGAGUCCAAUCAAUUUCCAAUUGAAUUUAAUUGAUCAAAACGUGAUGACACCUAAAUCUUCCCAGUUUUUGCAGAAGAGCGCCAUCACAAAUAUCUUUAAUUAUAUUGGAAAACACAACAAAGCUGUUGAAUUCAUUACAGCGUGGGCCAGUUUGUUGUUCAAUGAAGGAAAAGAUGUAACGAGCCAUUCCGUGAAACAGAAUCAUCCUUACGCUAUAAUUGUUGAUCCAUCAUCUUUACCUUCUCCGCAGACAUUCACGAAACAAGGCUUCGACCUGUGGAUAAUCAUGCAGACACAGUUGCAACCUGUUGUUCCUGACUGCAUCUGCACAAUUUCAACUAAUACUUGUAAAGGUAUUAAAAUUUCAAAUACAAUAGAAGUUGCUGCAGGACACAGUUUCACAUUGAGUCCACCAGAAAACAAAGAUCCAGGUAAUUUAAUUGCAGCUAUUCCGAUGAUGAAAGAUGAUACCGUAACAUUGCUUGGAACUUUCUUUGAUUUGGUUGUUUCUUUCAAAUAUUUCGUCAUCGCUUUGGAUUAUUUCAAGAAGGAAAUUCCUUUCUUGUUGAUGCAGGAUUUCAGAACAAAAGUUUACAUCUUCUUUAUCCAAGCUUUGUUGGGUAACUCCCCCUUCUUUAUUACUUAUAAUUCUGACAUUUUACGGUUUUUAAUUAAUCACUUCCCAUUGAUGGAAUCCGACAUCGAAGGCGAUCUUUUGAUACAUCUAGGAUUGAUAGGAAAAUUCUUUGAUGUUGCACAACAUCCGCAAAUCGCUAUAUGGCUUGAAGAAAUACAAACUUUGUGGGAUGAAAAGUUCUAUUUGUCACUCAAAUAUUAUUUCGAUUACUUCGCAAGCGAAACCGAUAAAAUUUCCCUCAAAAAUAUUCAAAUCAAACCGUUUGAAAUUCCGAAGAACGUCAGUUUCGACAGUUUCGAAACGAACGAGAAGAAAGAGAAAGGACUUUUCAUCACCCUCAAGAGACUUCUCAUGCCAAGAGACAAUCAAUACGGAUUCCCAUUCUAUCAGUUACUUGGCAUCUGGGCCAAAUAUUCCCAAAAAUGUCCUCCAACGGUUUCUAAGCGGUUAUCGUCAAAAAUUUUGAAAGUUGAGUUCAUCAAAACUGUUCCACACUCAGCCAAUUUCAUGUUGACCACUGCUCCUUCAUCAAUUAAACUUCAGUAUUCAUUUGAAGAAGACAUGUCUAAUCCACAAGAACUAACACUUGCUCAUGCUUUUGUUUUGAACAACCACACAACAAUUUACAUUGAAAUUUGUGAUGACACGAACAUGUGGGAACUUUUGAGUCCGUAUUUCAUUUCCAACGACAGACCGAACAAAGACGAAUUUGUUCUUCAAAACAAGGAAUGGUUCAUUGAUGAUAUCAAACAUCUUUUGUUUAAUUGGGACAACAACACAGACAGAUUGAUUUUGGCGACAUUCCCUUAUAAACUGUUCUCUAACCAUUCAUUGCAAGUUGAUAUCAGUCCAGAUUCAAUUGCUUCAAGUACACAAACCAAACCGUUGAAUCUGUUGUGUGUACGAGCACAUUUCCUGUUAAUUAUGAACUGGUUCUUUGGAAAUACGAAGAACGAUUUCAUGACGAACCCAUCAAUGAAACUUUUGUUGCCAUUAGUUUCUCCUAAAUUGAAAUUGGAUAACUUGAGGAAUAUCAUCAAGAAGAACUCCAAAUCAAGGCGUCCAGACAUAAACAUCGACAGAAUCUCUGCAGUAGAAGUCCGUGAAGGUGUUUCUACAAACUACAAUGCGACAUUGAUUGCUCAAAUGGUCAAUAUCUACAAGAACAUCAAUGAUUUCAAAGAUUCAACUGAUCGUCCUUGGGAAGUCCAUUUCACCAAUGAAGUUGGCAUCGACGCAGGUGGUCCAGCACGAGAACUUGUUACAGAACUCGCUCUCGACAUCUGUUCUCCAAAUUGCGGAUUAGUCAUUCCAACACCGAAUUCAAGGAAUGAAAUUGGCCAAUACAGAGAUACAGUGAUUCCUUUGCCUCAUCCAAUGAUAAAGAACAGUCCAGAGAGAUACAGAGUUUUCGGUGCAGUCAUAGCUAUCUGUAUCAGAACUGGUUUAGUCCAGUUCUUCAAUUUCCCACCUUUAGUCUGGGAAUUCCUCAUUACAGGCGAAAUUGCAUUGGAAAGAAUCAUGGAAAUUGAUGAUCAUUACAAGACAACAAUUGACUCGUUUAAAGAGGCAAUGAAAGAAGGAAUGACUGAUGAAGAGUUCAAGGCAAGACUCAACCACAAGUUCGUCAUUCAGGACGCAAGAGGAAAUGAAAUGCCAUUGAUACAAAGAGGAAGAACUGAAUUCAUAACUGCUUCAAAUUGCGCACAAUUCAUCAGUUUGGCAAAUGAAUUCAGAAUCAAUGAAUUGAAGGCUUCCCUCAACGCUAUAAGAGAUGGAUUGUGGGAGAACAUCGGCAUCGAUCCUCUCCUUAAUUUGGACUGGAGCACAUUGGAAUACGCUGCGUGCGGAGAAAGAGAAAUUACUUAUGAAGCAUUGAGAAAAGUGACAAAAUUUGAGAAUUUAGACAACACUCAACAAGACAUUUUCCUAAAAGUUUGCGAGAUGAUGACAUCAGAACAGAGAUCUCUUCUUCUCAAGUUUUCAACUGGAAGAAUAAGAUUGCCUCCAAAUUGUGGCGAUGAUGAAAAAUUCCUCAAAGUAGAUCGUGCAGAAGGAAUUGAUAGAAUGCCUACUUCUUCAACUUGCUUCCACCAGUUCCACAUGCCAAGAUAUUCAAGUUAUCAGAAGGCAUUCAAACUUAUAACUUUAGCUAUAGAAUACACAGGAUCAUUCGAACUUAGAUAA